AUGUCUUCCCCUCGUGAUAUCAAGACCGAGGAUACUCUCCACUCGCGAGACUCUCAUAGUCCAAUAGAAUGGCCAUCUACACCCACCAAUCAUCUAUCCAUUCCCAACAUCGUCAUCCCUCAAGCACGCAUGUCUGAUUUCUCCUCUGAAGUUCCUGUGUCGAAGGUCGCUCGGGAGGCUCGCAGGUUCGAGGAGGCUUCUUACCAAUCCGAGCGUCGCGAACCGUUUAUGGUUAACUUCUCUCGCAACGAUAGCACAUCGCCACAGGCUUCCAUAACUCCAACUACUCCAACCACUCCUACCCAUAGUCGAGGUCCAUCACCGUCUUCUUCAGAGCCAUCACCCCCCAAGGUUGCUCGUCCUCCCAAUGCCUUUAUGAUAUUCCGAUCGUGGUGGCUGAAGCAGAACGAGAUCCCAAAACACGUAGAGAAGCGCCAGCAGGCCCUGAGUCGCGUCGCCGGACAGGUUUGGGGUCUUCUUGAAGAAUCGGAAAAGCAAAAGUGGCAUUUGAAGGCCUCCGAAAUCCAACGCAAGCACAAGGAAGACAAUCCGGACUACAAAUUUGUUCCUUCACCACGAGGAUCGCGAAAGAACAAGGACAAAUCUCAGUCUUUGCCAGGAGAUGUCACGACCGCUGAGGAUCAGACGAAGCUCCUUCGCGAACGGUACACCAAGUAUGCUGGUCCCUCUCCAAUUCCUACUCGCAAGAAACAGGCGAAGAAGUCUCGCAGCGUCGACGCGCCCAGCCCCUCUAGAGUCUCUAACCCUUCUGUUACGGGUUCUCCUCUGUCGCGAUCAGCUCCUACUCCGCGCUCUUUAGUGGCUUCUGCCGGGCCUUCUCCGGCUCAUGGUGGGGCAUUGCUUUCCCAGCCCGAAUUUCCACAACUUCAUCUUCCGCCUCCUCCUACAUUGCUCAAUUUCGACGGCUACUCGCAGGGUCAAUUUUCUCUUGCAGAUGCCAACGUGGAGGGGAACAAGUCCCUGGAGAGCAUCCAGUAUAACUUUGGAAAUAACGAUCAGUCCAUGAUGUUUGCCCACUAUGACACCAACGGUGCUUACCAACAAUUGUCGGGAGGUCUAAAUGCUGGGUCAUGGACCCAACAAUCAUUCGCUGGAACGACUCCCCAACUCGAAGCGAAACUCCAAGGUCUUCAUCAACAACUCGCAGGGCCAUUCUCUCCCCCUGCUGCCGUACUUCCUCAAAAUACCGCCGAUACCACUCAAAUCAAGGACUUCUUUUCCUUCCCUGCUCUGGAGAACGUCAAUUUCAAUUUGGGUACUGGGAACGAAGAUGCUUUCUUCAACACUAUCUUCCAUCCCGACCUGUAUGCUCAGGAUCAGGUCGAUGCUACACCUAACCUCGACCUCACUGACGCUCAUGAAAUUGCACUUCACCUCAAUCAAGUUCAGUACAACUUUGCUGACGACAACCUCUUCUCGACCUUUGGCAGACUGCAAUGA